AUGCAGGUGCAGAAUAUCAGCCUUGCGGUAGGCGAGACCAUCACCGUGGAGACGCUCGGAGGGCUGGAGCCCAUUCCGCUGGCCAAUGAGUCCUUCCUGAUGCGUGGCCAAGUGGUCCGUGGCCCCACCAACCAGGUGCUGGUCCGGUUCCAGAGCCCUUCCCCUGCCAACCCGGGCUCCUUCCACUUCCACUUUGAAGCGUAUUUGCUGAGCUGUGCCUUCCCCACGCGGCCGGCGUACGGUGACGUCUCUGUCACCAGCACUCACCCGGGUGGCCAAGCGUGUUUCUCCUGCGUCGUCGGCUACCAGCUGGUGGGGAAGCCCUGCCUGGAAUGCUUCAAUGCCACCCAUCCCUUCUGGAGCAACCAGGAGCCCACCUGUAUCGCGGCGUGUGGAGGGGUGAUCCGGAAUGCCACCACUGGGCGCAUCGUGUCGCCGGGUUUCCCGGCCAACUACAGCAACAACCUCACCUGCCACUGGGUGCUGGAGGCGUCCCCAGGGCAGCGGGUACACCUCCAUUUCGAGAAGGUCUCCUUGGCAGAGGAUGAUGACAGGCUGAUCAUCCGUAACGGCAACAACAUCGAGGCGCCUCCUGUGUAUGACUCGUACGAGGUCGAGUAUCUGCCUAUCGAGGGGCUGGUCAGUACCAGCCGUGGUUUUUUCAUCGAGUUUUCCACGGAUAGUGGCGGCGUGGCAGCUGGGGUAGCCCUCCGCUAUGAGGCUUUCAGGCCCGGUCACUGCUACGAGCCCUUUGUCAAGUACGGGAACUUCACCUCCAGCAACGGGAGCUACAAAGUGGGCACCACCGUGGAGUUCACCUGUGAGCCCGGCUACACCCUGGAGCAAGGCUCAGUCAUCAUCGAGUGCGUGGAUCCCUCCAACCCCCAGUGGAAUGAGACGGAGCCGGCCUGCCGAGUGACCGCUUGUCCAGACCCUGGAGACGUGGAGCACAGCCGUCGCGUGGUCUCCGCCAACAAAUUCCCGGUGGGCUCCGCCAUCCAGUUCCUCUGCGACAAGGGCUUCCUCCUGGCCGGCGCCGGGGAGAUCGUUUGCCACGACCGGCCGGGCGGCGGUCCAAAGUGGAGUGACCGGCUGCCCAAAUGCAUCCCCGAGGUCUACGAACCCUGCACCAAUCCGGGCGGACCUGAACACAGCACUCAGCACCCCGAAAAGCGGCUCUACCAAACCGGGACCACCCUGCGCUUCACCUGUGCCACUGGCUACCUGCCACUGGGCAACGCCAUCCUCCGAUGCCUGCCUGGGCACCCCUCACGCUGGAGCAGCCCUCCCCCGCUUUGCAAAGCUGCUGUGGCCAAAGUGAUGCCCGCCAGGGACCCCUUGAGAGGCUCCAGCGUGGCCUUUGAGGUCUUCCUACCCGUGGCUGCCGUUGGGCUUCUCCUGGGCACCGUCUACCUGUGCAUUUCCAGGCAUCAGGGGAAGAUGUCGCUGCCGGCCCCUCUGUCCGCUUCACACGCCUACGGCCACCACAUGGCGGAUGAUUCGGCUUUUGACAACCCCAUCUAUGAGACUGGAGAGAUCCCAGCGGCAGCCUAUGAAGUCUCCAUCUAG